AUGCUUUUCUCCACAGUUCUCGCUGCCGGACUUCUCCAGGCCAUGACCGCUUCCGCCGCCACCAUGAUGGUCACGGUCGCCGCGAACAACAAGUUCCAGUUCACCCCCAACUCCGUCACCGCCCAGCCCGGAGACGUCGUCGCCUUCAACUUUGUCGCACAGAACCACUCCGUCGCGUCCUCCACCGCCAACAACCCCUGCCAACCCGAGCGCAACGCCAUCUUCUCGGACUUCCAGCCCAUCCCCGGCAACCCCAACGGCAGCCCCAACGCCGGCAACGGCCGCAACACCAACCGCCAGGCGGGCAACACGCCCAUGUUCAUGGUCCCCGUGACCGACACCGCGCCCAUGUACAUCUACUGCUCGCAGGCGCAGCACUGCCAGCAGGGCAUGGUGAUGGUGAUCAACCCGCCCAACGGCAACGCCGUCACGCAGUACGCGAACAAGGCCGCCCAGGCGAACAACAACGUCUCGCCCCGCGGCGGCCAGAACGGGGGUACCGUGGUUAAUGAUAACGCGGGCACGAACCCGAAGAACGUGCUCGGUGCGAAUGCGGGCGAUGCUGCGACCGCGACGACUAAGGGCAAGGGUAAGGGCAAGGGCAAGGGCGCGGCGGCUGGCGGUGCUGCCGGCGGUGCGGCGGGAGGCCUCGCGGCGCUGUUGGGCGGAAAGGGGAACUAG